AAGCCGUCUAAAAGAGAGUUAACAUCUUCACAAAUUUCUCUCAUUGAUUUUUAUUUUGAUUUAAAUCACCAAUGGCUCGCUCUUUCCCUAACGCUAAGCUUCUCUCUGGUCUUGUCCUUGACGGAUUCUCAAACGCUCUAGCCAGACGUGGGUACGCGGCGGCAACAGAAAGCGCAACAAGGGGAGGAGUUACCUCCUCCAUAAGCGGCAAGAUGACACCCAAGUCAGGGGAAGACAAGGGAGCCUCCACAUACAAGGUUUCGUGGGUGCCUGAUCCUGUCACUGGUUAUUACAAACCUGAGAACACUAAGGAUAUUGAUGUCGCCGAAUUGCGCGCCACGCUUCUGGGCAAAAAAUUCAACAACUAAUUUCUACCAAUUUAAUUAAUUAAAAAAGAAAAAAACUGGGAUUGGUUAUGUUAGCGGUAGGUUUCUUGAGCUUUCGAGAUCGGCCUCGGAUGGUUUAACAAAACAUCGGGUGAUUCUUUUAAUCUUAAUGGCCAUAGAAUAUUGAUGUUGAUGUACUCUGUCCUCUACUUGAUUAAAGAGAAUUCUUGAUUCCCCUUUGUGGUUU